GUAAUAAGUAAAUAUAUAAUUGAUGUUGCUAUCAUUUAAAUAUCAGAUUAAUAUCCAUCAUUUGUCCAUGCAUAAUUGAUCAUAUAAGUACAAGAAUAGAAUGUAUAGGCAGCACAAAUAAAUGAUUCAAGGAAACCUUCAAUAAGAUAAAAAAACCAGAAUCUACGUGUUCUAAUUUAUCCAUCAAUAUAGAAAGCUGGAAAUCUUGCAUUAACAAGAGGUUCAGUUUAUUUAUCGGCUAAUCCAAUUACUAAAGCAUUUGGAGUAGUAUACAUAAAAAUGUAUAAAAAUACAGUCAUUGAAUCAUGUAAAGAGGUGGCUGUAAAUUGACAGAACCAAUUAAAAAAGAAUAAUGUCAUACCUAAAAAGCCAGCACAAUAAAAUAAAUAUAUUAUCAUUGAUGACACUCUUUCACUAUGUAAUUUACAUUUUUAUAAGAGUAAUACUUUAAUCUCUGAUAAUGUAUUAACACUGAUAUCUCCAGCAUUAACUUAAGGAUAAAUGUGAUUUCUUUUACUAUUUAUUAUUUCUAUACUGAUAUUGGCUGCUUACAUCAUCAAUGCAUCAUUGUAUCCAUCUCCUACUCCAAGCACAGUUGGAUUAUUUGGAAAGUAAUUACGAAUUAUCAUACAUGCUAAUUCCUUUUAUUAAGGAUUCAUAUUAAAUCCUAUUACAUUCUUGCAUACACAAGAUAAGAAUCUAAAAUGACUCAUUAAAUCUGCAGAUUCACUUAUUAAUGAUAAAGAAUGACCAUUUACAACCAAAACAAAUUACAAUACUUAUUAAAAAGAAG